UUUUAGAGUGAGUACAAAGUUAUGGAAUCCAUUGAAGACGACGAUUUUGAGGUUGACAACAGUCAUCUUUUUUUAAAUGAUGAAGUUAUUAACCAAUAUAUGGAUCUAAUCACAGAACGUUCACCUAACACAGUAUACGCAUUUAAUACAUUUUUUUACCUAUCUUUAACUGAAAAGGGAUACUCUCAUGUUUGUCGGUGGACAAAAAAAAUUGAUAUAUUCUCAAAAAAAAAAUUGUUCAUCCCUAUUCAUAUCGAAGAAGAUAAUCACUGGUGUUUAGUUUAUGUUAGCUUUCAACAAAAGUCCAUAAAAUAUUAUGACAGUAUGGGCGGGCGUAAUUUUAAAUGCUUAAAACUAAUAUUGAAAUAUUUGAUGUUGGAACAUGAAGAYAAAAAAGGAGAAUAUUUUCAUCCUAGCGGUUGGUUGUUAAUGAAUGUGAAAAAUUGCCCUCAACAACAGAAUUAUUGGGAUUGUGGAGUAUUUGUUUGUAUGUUUGCGGAAUAUUUGUCAAGAGAUGCCCCAUUAAAUUUUUCACAAAGACACAUGGAUAAAUUCAGAAGACAAAUAACAUUAGAAAUCAAGAAGAAAAAAUUAAAAAAAUCUGUACCAGAAACUUGAGCUACUUUAACAAUAAUUAAAUUAUGCAUAUACUUUUUCAGAUGUUUUUAGUGGUGAGACAACCUUAUGCAUGAUUUAGUUUUAAUAAGUAAAAUGUAAUUAUAUUGACAUAUUUACUAUAUAAAUAUAUAUUACAUUGUUAUUAA